AUGUCUCUAUCGACCACGAACAUCGGCGAAGACACUUAUGGCCAUGGUGAUACUACCGCACACAAUGACGACUGUGUUGUGCACCAGGUCCAAGAGAUCGCCCAAGGUUCUGGGAAGAAACCUCUGAAGGUGUUCUUCAAUCGCAAGGGCAUCAAGCUUGAGAUUGUGAGAAGGGACGUCAAUGUCGAUAAGGAAGGGUACCUCGCGUACGUGGAAACUAUACCCGGAGAUGAAACCAAAUGGCGUUGCACAUGCGAGAAGAUCGUGGAUGGCAAACAUAUUCGAUGCACUUACAAGUCUACUAAGCACCUCGUCAAACGCCAUGUCGAGUCAACACACUUGAACAUCAGGCGCUUUCAGUGCAGCUGGUGCGGGCAGUAA